UGAACCAGUGACCGGUUAGGUACUUAGGUUUACUCCCGGUUUCUUUAACAUGGCUAGCUGGUUGCACGCAGUGACGUACUACAAUAGACACCCCUAGACGCAUCCCACACACACCAAUCUGUCUAAUGGCCAACCUUCAGUUUCUCCUAAAGCGGCUGGCCAAACUGCGGUGCUUCCGCCGCCGCCGCCGCCGAGCGGCCAAGCCCAACGCCGCCACGCCCUCGCCGGCGGCGCGGCCUGCCCCGACGCCUACGCCGACGCCGCCGCCGCUGGCGGUUCUCAGCGACGACGUCCUGAGGGAGAUCUUCGUCCGCGUCCCGUCCCCCGCCGACCUCGCCCGCGCCGCCACCGCCUGCGCCGGCUUCCGCCGCGUCAUCACCGAGCCCUCCUUCCUCCGCCGCUUCCGCGCCGCCGACAACCAGCCGGCGCUGCUCGGCUUCAUCGACGUCGGCGGCGGCUUCGUCCCCGCGGAGCCGCCCCACCCCAGCGCCGCCGCCGCCGCGGGGGCAGCCGCCCGCGACGUCGUCGACUUCGCCUGCCCCUUCCUCCCUUCGUCCCCGGAUCCCUGGCGCCGCCGCGACGUCCUCGACGGCCGCGUCCUCUUCUCCCGCGGCGCCGUGGGCGGCGGCGGCGAGGUCGACGGCCAGGACGAUGAUCCCGGCUUCAUGGACCUCGCCGUCUGCGAUCCCCUGUCCAGACGCUACGUCCUUCUCCCCGCCGUCCCCGCCGACCUCGCCGCCUCCGCCCAGCUCCACAACCUCCUCGAUUUACAGCCCUUCUUCGCUCCGCCACGCGACGACGACGACGACGGCGGCGGCGGCACGUCAUUCAGGGUGAUGUACAUGGCGCGAUGCCAGUCCAAGCUAGUCGUGUUCACCUUCUCCUCAGAUACCCAACAAUGGAGCUCCACCUCCUACGACGGAUGGGGGAUUUUGGUCGCAGCAACUCCAUCUCAGGAAACCGCAUUGACCCAACGCCACCAUGCUCACGGCUGCAUCUUCUGGUUCUUGCGUUGGGCGAAGAAACUACUUGUGCUGGACACCUUCACGAUGGAACUAUCCACCAUCAACCUCCCAUCCAGUGAACUGAUUGAAAUCCAGCAGGUUGCAAUCGUGGAGUCAGCGAGAGGCGGGAUUGGGAUGUUUGCCAUGGUUGACGAGAUAUUGGACAGCACAUUCGACAUGUUCUAUGUGGUUUGGGAUCCCGAGGGCGCGAACAAGUGGCCAUUGGAGAGGCUGAUGAAGUUGCCAGUGGAGUUUCGGUACAACCUGGUGGGAGCAGCUGGGGGUUACCUCCUUGUUCAGGGGAUUUCAGUGCAGGGGCCUGUGCAAGAUCAGGUGUGCUUUACGGUGGAGCUCAAGACUUUCAAGGUUGAGAUGUUCUGUGAAACUAGGCGUACCUUGAUAGGUGCUGAUCUGUUUGCUGGAUUCGCCCCAUCUUUGUCGCCACCAAGCGUAUGAAAUGGGACAGAUGGACGCUGGCCUUUCUCUGGAUCAUCCUUCUGGAGUUCUGGUGUUGGUGAAGGGACCAUGAUGGUGUAUUGGUGUUGUACUUUUGUUCGGCUACAAUGCUAGCAGGCAGAGCCUCCAUCAAACUUGUUUCCUGAGUGCGUGUAAUCAAAACAAGCUGUCGCUAAACCCAGUCUUUGUCAAAUUAGAGUUGGGCGCCUCGGGAAAAAGAAAGAAUGAGAGUGUUGGGUAAAACCGAGUGUGUCGGAUAGUGUUGGGCGGUACCCAGUCCGUCGGUUAAGUGUUGGCCCGAACCAAUGUCGGAAUAAGUGUUGUCUGUCAGAGUAAGUGUUGGCUGAAGUUGUGGUCUUGUGGACCAUGUCGAUUGAAUAAGCAUUGGAAUUUGCAUUUUGUGUUUU